UUUUUUGUUCUACAUCCAUCAUCCAGUGCAUUUUGUUAUCUUUUUCCUGUAAUAAAUUGUUUUCUUUUUAUUAAAAAUAUAUAAUUUCUCGAAUUCCUCUUAUCAAAAACAAUAAUAACAUCUUAGCAUGUUUGUAAGGUAAAAUACUUAAUAGAAAACAUGAAAAUCUAUAAACUUUAUACGCAUCAAAAGUCCUUUAAUACUGCUGAUUUAGUAUUAAAUCCAAAAGAACACCCCGAUGCAAAACGAGGUGAUGUCGUUGAAAUAUAUCCAUCGGAAGAUGAAGACUGCAAGCUGCUGCUUCAGAUUACAGCGUUCAGUGACCUCAAUCAACGGGACGUGAUAAGCAUCGAAUCGAGCAUUGCAGCUACAUUCAACUUGAAGACGUACUCCGCUGUUGUUAUGCGUUUGGUUAAUGCUGCUGAUGUGGCCUUGGAUUCAAUUGAAAUAACAUUCAAGGAUCAGUACAUGGGUCGAUCGGAAAUGUGGCGCUUGAAAACACACUUGACAAAUACAUGCGUUUACAUUAAUAAGAAAAUUGAUUGUUUCGAAAAAUCAAUUCGAUGCCAAGUAUACGAAAUGUGGUCACAAGGAGAUCGUGUAUCUUGCGGAGUUAUAACUGAAGAUACAAAAAUUGUUUUUCGCAGCAGUACCUCAAUGGUGUAUUUGUUCCUUCAAAUGUCUUCGGAAAUGUGGGAUUUUGAUAUCCAUGGUGAUUUAUAUUUUGAAAAAGCCGUCAACGGUUUUUUAACUGAAUUAUUUACAAAAUGGAACAAACUGGGUUGCAAUCACGAAGUAACCAUUGUUCUGUUUUCAAGAACAUUUUAUGCUGCUAAAAGUUUAGACGAAUUUCCAGUACAUAUGCGUGAUUGUUUGCAAAUGGAUUACAAAGGACGAUUCUAUGAAGAUUUCUAUCGCGUUGCCAUACAAAAUGAACGCAACGAUGAUUGGUGUUUAAUAUUGGUGCAGUUGAGAAAGUUAUUCACAUCAUAUCAGUCGACGGUGUUGCGUUAUCAUGAACGAGAAAAUGUUCGUAUACCAACAGCAACAAACAGCACUGCCGCACAAGGAAAUUUUCUUGAAGUUUUGAAUAUAUCCUUGAAUACUUUUGAAAAACAUUAUUUGGACAGAAGUUUUGAUCGAACUGGGCAACUUUCUGUGGUACUUACACCUGGAGUUGGUGUUUUUGAAGUUGAUCGUGAAUUAACCAAUAUAACUAAACAAAGAAUAAUCGACAAUGGAGUAGGAAGUGAUUUAGUGUGUGUCGGUGAACAGCCUUUGCAUGCAGUUCCAUUGUUAAAAUUCCAUAACAAAGACACAUCGUUGACAUCAGCCGAUGAUUACUCACUUCCACAUUGGAUAAAUUUGAGCUUCUAUUCAACAAAUAAAAAAGUGGCAUAUUCCACGUUUAUACCUAGAAUUAAACUUACACCGCUAGUUGCAGCGACAAUUGCUGGAAAUGAAAAUAAAAAGGAAAAUACAAGAACGUUCCUAAGCUGUAAUCAAUCAGAAUAUAUUCAUAAUUCACUUUUCGACUACGAUGCAUAUGAUGCGCAAAUCUUCCAAUUGCCUCCCGCUCAAGGAACAUGUUCCCUUCAACGAGUUGUCAGGGCAAAGAAAACAUCUGUGCCAAGUCUUGAGACCUAUACCAAUAGCAAUUUUUGUGAUAUGGAAAGCUUUACUCCGUUGAGAGUUACGAAUAGACGACGUAAAAUGUCUGAUCCAGAUAUUCAUCACGGAACAUCUGGUGUUCUUUCAACAUUGACUGGUUCGCCGAAUUUAUCAGAUACAAUAGCUUCCGAAAAGAAUGUUCGUCGUUCUAUUGUAUCAAUUGCCCCCAUUGUGAGGCCAGGUCGAGCAUUAAUAAACCCAUUCGAUCCUUCCCAUGUGACCAUCAAACUAACAUCGAAUCGUCGACGUUGGACACAUAUUUUUCCAAAGGGACCAACGGGAGUACUCAUACAACAGCAUCAUUACCAAGCUGUUCCAACAAAACAACUUACAAACAGUAAUACUGUGAACGGAAUCAACUGUAAUGAUAACAACAACACUGAAAACUAUUCAUCCGGAUUUAAUUCUAGCGAAUAUGAUCAUACCUCAAAUUGUUCCUCUCUAAGCAGAUCUUAUACAUCCAGUAAUGGAGAUGAGUGUUCUCUAGACCAUUUUAAGAAACGUAAUUCUAACAUAAGUGCAGCAGGCCCAGCAGCAGUAACAUCUAGAGCUGCACCGGCAAAAAGUUUAACAUUCCUGUGGGGAGCAACAGGUGAACAAGAAUGGACACCGGCUUUGACAACAGGAAGAACAAGAAUAAUAAUAGGAGUGGAUUGGAAGUCGUUAACUAUACCGGCAUGUCUUCCAAUAACAACUGAUUAUUUUCCGGAUAAACGUUCACUUCACAAUGAUUAUGUGAUUUCGGAUUAUACUUUGUUGCCGGACGAUGUUAAUUCUGACUAUGCUAAUAGUCGGGCUAUUUACCGUAAACCUCUUACCACAGAGGAGGUCUUUAAGGAAAUUGUAUCGCAACGCCUAGCUCAAGGAUUUCAAUUGAUAGUGCUGGAAGACAAAAAUCAAGGUCCAUCUCAGGCACCUUGUUGUGGUGGUCUGAAACAAAAACAACAACAACAACAACAGCAAUCAUCAGUGCUAAAAAUGAAACCUCCUUCAGAAAUAACAGAGGAGUAUUUGCUUUCAAUUGGAAGAAUAUUUCACAAAAUAUCUUGGAGAGGUUCAGUUAUAACUGUUACUGGUUACAAACCAAGACAUCCCUAUCCACCCAUAAAUGUGGAUUAUCGUUAUCGCUUUCAUGCUCCACAACAUGACACGUAUGAAAUUUCAGGCGUUAAUUUUACAACAGAAAAGCUUGAGCACUUCAACUGGAAUUAUAUGGAUCACUAUAUUUGUACUCGUGGCGAUACUGACUAUGUUUUGCUUGAUAGCUUAAAAUACUGGCGAUAUCGAAUGUAUCUCUUACCUAAGGACAUCGUUGCAAUGAACAAAAUCCUGGAGCACGGAUGCUUGCGAUGUGACAUCUAUACUGAACCAAGCCCAGAUGCUGCCAAACAACAAAUCGAUGAUUUCCUCAAAUUUGUCGAAGUCCAUUUAAAUAAAAUAAAACGUCUACAUAACCGCAAGGCAAGGGACAGUCCAACAGCGCCAAGUCAUCUAACUCGACGACGCCAUAGCACGAGCAUUAUAUCGAGAGCUCCACCCAAUCAGGGACUGGGAAAUUCUCCGUUUCGAGAGCGUGUCGGCAGUAAUCGUUUACCAGAUAAAAGACCCAGCUUCAUUUCUAGAGCUGGAACAAAACCGCUCGAACGUGGACGAAUUUCACCAGCUGCUGAUGCAGCAGUGAUUGCAUUGAACUCAGAAAUAAAUGUCAACGAAGAUCGAGAUGAUGCGUUCCUUGGUGAGAUAAAACUACGUCCAAAUGCAACUCUUAUGGAAAUAUUUGAAGCUAUGAAACAUCCAACUACCGGAGUUGGAUUUUUUGAACCAACGCAAGGCUUGCCUUCGUGUACAUUUGUUUGUUAUGAUGCCUUAAUGUGGUUGAAAACACGCCUUGAUGGUACAAAAAAUCCACUCGACAUCCUUGAAUCAAUGCGCAAGGAAAGAAUGAUUUGUCAUGCAUCUGGAGAUUGGAAUAAACCAGUUGUACCUGGAUAUUACUUAUAUUUCAUUGGUAUACAAGACAAAAAAGAUUUUAUUCCGCCACUAAAUGAUUUGUGUGCAUUCGAAAACGAAUGGGUUGAAGUUGAGAUUCAGGGACAAAAGCAAUUAUCUUCAAACGAAUCAGCAGCUCAAGAAGCUCAAAAUAAAAUUCCCAAUUUCCUUCGAAGCCCUCCCCCACCUCAAACAUGGUGCAAUAUACAGAGACAAAGAAACAUCUAUAAACAUUCACAUUUGGAAAUUGAUGUCAAUAAAAAGAGUGAUCGCAUGGAAUGGGGACAUGUUAAAUAUCAUAGUGUUAUGCAACCUGGACAUGCAUUUGAAAUUGUUGUUGAAUGGGUUACAGCUUCUGGACCAAUUGUUUACGAUUUGAUAUAUGGAUGGCAACGAAAAGCACAACAAUGUGGUUUUCAACUUAUGCCAGUCCCAGCUGAUCCACUUGCAGAACCAUUUACUGAAAAAUCAGAUCCGUUGAGGGGACCCAUUUUUAUACCACUAAAUACUUGUUUCCUUGGCAAAGACGAAAUGUUGUUUGAAGAAUUUGCUGAAGAAACUCGAGGUGAUAGAAUGCUUUUGUUCCAAGAAGCAAUAUUAACGAGAUAUGGAUUUAUGCCUUGUGUGGUGAAAAAUAAUGUUUCCUUGCAUAAAGACCUGCCAAAGGAAUUCCAAUAUGUUCACUGUUCAGGGAACAUGUUUGUUUUAAUAAGGUGUUCCAAGGGUAACCAACAAAUUGAAUCUCCAAGUCGACAGGAAGGUAAUGUAACUCGACUUGUUUAUGGUCACACCAGCCAUACAAAUGUUCCAAAAAAAGUUGGCUUCCUUUGGUCAUGGAAUCAUAUGAUUGCAAAUAAAAAGUGGAAAUCCUUGAUUAUCAAUUGUUCUCCAGAUGGAGAGCUUUUUCAACUGAAAAUGUUAAAAGAUUUCCGAGAAUUUUGUUCCAAUCAAGAUCAACGACUCAAGAAAUUCUGGGACUCUUGUUAUGAAUUUAAAAAUUCGAAUUCGGAAAACGGUUCAGAUAAAACUAUAAGGACAUAAAUUGCUUUAUAUUGUGAAGUUAGUAUAUUAGCUUAGAUAUAUAUCCAUAGAUUUAAA